AUGAAGAGAGAUUUUCUUCUCAGCAUGGCGGGAGCCAGCCCUAAGGUGCUCACCAGCUUCCCUUGGCCGACUCAGCAAGACAUCACCGCCAGGAAGGAGAAGCUGAAGGCCAUCACGGCGCGCCUGUUCGCCGUCGCGGCAGAGAAGGGCUGUGCGGACGUCGAAAAGUUGAUGAAGGAUGACGCCGAUCUGAAGAACGAGGUUCGCCUGAGCCUGACCGACGGAGAGAACUCGCAGCUGGCCAAGUGGGCCGGAAGUCUGCAGAAGGCGCUCGCCUCGGCCCAGACGGAGAAGGAGAAGGCGGACGCGGAGUACAAGGAGAAGGAGGAGGCCGUGCAGGCCAAGCGCGAGGCGCUCAGGCAGAAGCGCGAGGAGGAGAAGAAGGCCGAGGAGGAAGCGCGGCGAAGCCCGAAGAGGAAGCCCCAGCCGGAGAGAUCCAGGUCGCGCUCGGGGAGCGAGAGCGAGAGCAGACGGAGGCCCGCAAAGAAGAAGGCGGGCAAGAAGAAGGGCCGCUCGGACAGCCGCUCGGACUCCGAGGCGCCGAGAAAGAAGGGGAAGAAGGAGGCUCCCGCGAAGAAGUCCAAGGCCGGCGCCAAGGGAAAGAAGAGGAAGGGCGACUCCUCGCGCUCCCCGUCCGAGAGCAGAUCCCCGUCGCGCCGCAGGAGGAGGUAA